UGCGUUUUUCAGAAUCGAUGCUGGUAGCAGACGUCCACGCCCGCGCAAACAUCUACCAGGUGUUUUCGGCUGUGUGUAGACUGAGAGGCGUUCCUUGCCUUUUACCAAACGUAAGGGAAAGGGUUUUCUAUUUGGAUGUUAAAAAAAAACAUCAACACUCAUUUCUAUUCCCGCCUUUUCUCUACCCAUCUAGAUCUACCCAACCCCCUCCCCAAUCCCAGUCCCGACACCAGCACCCGCACCCAUCGUCCCCACCCCGAAUUUCCCGCAACAACAACCACCGUUCUCGCAAGACCCUUCCCAAAUCAACAUCACCACAAACCUCCUCCCCGACCCGACCACCGCAGCCAUCCCCUCCCCAAUGCGCCGCGGCCGGCCCCCAAAACACUCCAAAACAUCCUCCACCGCCAGCGCCGGCAGUUUCGACACCUCACAACUACCCGACGCUGUCCACAGCCCACAUAACCCCUUCACAACCACCACCACGGCUUCGCGCCCGGGGAGUGGAGGCAGUGGCGGGUUUAGCAAUACGCCGAAUAACCGGUUUACGGCCCCGCCGGGGUUUUUCAAGGAGGCUGAGGUGGGGUUUGGAGGGCAGGGAGGGAACAGAUUGACGGCACCCCCGGCGUUUCUGGAUGCGGCGGCGGGGGUCGUUGCGGGGUUUGCGGGGGGUGAAGGGGUCGAUGGGAGACGGCAGAGUGGGGUGCCGUCGUCGUCGUCGGAGGCGAGUUUGGUUGAUGUCGGUGGUGCGGGGGGGUUUGGGCAGACGGCCGGGUUUGGGUCGUUUUCGACGUUUCCGGCCCAGUUUGAUCCCGUGGCGUCGUCGUCGCCGGGGUUGGUGCCACAACAGCAGCAAUUCACACAACAGCAACAGCCGCCAUCGCCAUUCGACCCCUUCGACCCCUUCGCCCCGCAACCCCACCCACAGAUCCGCCGCGACUCCCACCGGUCCAUCGCAGACCUCAAACUCGCCCUCUCGUCGGGUCUGCCCCCGCCCCAACCACACUCCCUCCAACCGCACCCAAUAAACACCCAACCCCAACCCCAAACGCAAUCCCACCCCUUCACGAAAUCAACCAGCGAAAUGCGUCUCAACAACAUCGACGCUGGCCCCCGACUCCAUGGCCAUUCGCGGAAUAAAUCGUGGGCGCAGCCGCGGUCGCCUGUGGGUAUCAACACCACCAACAUCACUCCGGGGAUGGGCACAGCGCCGUAUUUUACGCCCGUGGGAAGACACCCGCACUCGCAUUCGGUGGAGCAUUCGAGGCAUGCGAGUAGGGAUUCGUUUGAGAGUUCGGUGUCGUCUUUGGGUGCGGGUGCGGGUGCGGGUGGGGUGAUGAUGAUGCAAGGGCAGGAGGCGACGACGUCCCCGCAUGUAGCGGAUCUGGUGCGGCACUUCCAGCAGAGUGCAUCGUUGAUAGACGACUCCAGUCCGAUGUCGGCAGCGGGAUUACGCAAGCAUUCCGUGUCGGGGAUGAUGUUUCCACCAGGUGGUUUCUCCCAACAGCAACAGCAGCAGCAGCUCCAACCACCCCUCAAACCCCCGCGCCCACUAGGCCUCCCCCUCAACUCCCCGCUCGCGCCCGCGCCCGUACCGCUCCCGAGCCCGAUGACCCCGUUACCGCCGACGGCGUACCCGAGUGCGCAUGAUCCGUUUUUCCCGGCUUCUGCGAAUUGGAUGGCUGCACAGGGUAUGCAGGGGGGCGACGCGAAUGUGUUUGGGACGAGUGCGGGGAUGAGUCCGCUUGUGCCUUUGCAGCAGCGGCAGGGUGGGGUGGGGCAGCAGGGGUUGGGACAACAUCAGCAGCAGGCGUCGUCGAGGUCGGUGUUGGAUUCGAAGGGCGAUGAUUUUCUGAGGGGGUUGAUGGAGCGGUGAUGUUUUUCGUGAGCGAAUGCCGAGGGGAGAGUCGGACGGUUUUUGUGGGGUAGAACUCAGACAACCAGCAGCCCUCUCCCGCCCCCAACCAAACCCCCCAUCUUUCACACAACUUCCGCAUCCACCUCGCGGUCGGCAGGAUCGUCAUCGGCAUCGGCAUCAUCCCACCCAACAACG